GGAAGUCCGAUGAAAAAGUCCUGCAGCCGUGGUGAGUAGAGGGAGCUGGGGCGCUUCGAGUCCACGUGGAGCCGCGGCCGGAGAACAGGGGCUGAAGGCGGGCCGCGGCGGCGAGAGGCGCGCUUUCCCCGCCGCGCGGGCCUCGGGCCACGCUGCUCCCUCGGGUAGGUGUCGGACGUGCGCGCCGCGAGAUGGACACGCCGCCGCUCUCGGGUUCAGACUCGGAUUCUGAUGAUUCUCUUGUCACGGACAGAGAGUUGCAGGAUGCGUUUUCCCGAGGGCUCCUGAAGCCAGGCCUCAAUGUGGUACUGGAGGGGCCGAAGAAGGCCGUGAACGACGUGAAUGGCCUGAAGCAAUGUUUGGCAGAAUUCAAGCGGGAUCUGGAAUGGGUAGAAAGGCUUGAUGUGACCCUGGCUCCGGUGCCGGAAAUCAGUGGACCUCAGUCAACAUCUCAGAGCAAGGAUCAGAAAGCUGUUGAUCCGGAAGAUGACUUCCAGCGGGAGAUGAGCUUCUACCGCCAGGCCCAGGCCGCAGUGCUUGCAGUGUUACCCCGCCUCCAUCAGCUCAAGGUCCCUACCAAGAGGCCUGAUGAUUAUUUUGCAGAGAUGGCCAAGUCUGAUCAGCAGAUGCAGAAGAUUCGACAGAAGCUACAGGCUAAACAGGCCGCCAUGGAGAAGUCGGAAAAGGCUAAGCAACUGAGAGCACUUAGGAAAUAUGGAAAGAAGGUGCAAACAGAGGUUCUUCAGAAGAGGCAGCAGGAGAAAGCACAUAUGAUGAAUGCUAUUAAGAAGUAUCAGAAAGGCUUCUCUGAUAAACUGGAUUUCCUUGAGGGAGAUCAGAAACCUGGUGCCCGGGGCACGAAGGAAGGAGCUAAAGGCCAGCAGAUGAAGAAGGGGCCCAAUGCAAAACGACGCUAUAAAAACCAGAAGUUUGGUUUUGGUGGAAAGAAGAAAGGCUCCAAGUGGAACACUCGUGAGAGCUACGAUGAUGUAUCCAGCUUCCGGGCCAAGACAGCUCAUGGCAAGGGCCUCAAGAGGCCUGGAAAGAAAGGGUCAAAUAAGAGACCUGGUAAACGGACAAGAGAGAAAAUGAAGAGCAGAACACGCUGAGCAGCAUCUUUGUAAACAGAACCAAGAAAAAGGAAUGAAGACUUGCGAUUUCAUGGUGCAAUUGGAUCCCUUCUGUUGGUUUCUUUUUGUAAAAAAUUCUUUCAAUAAACUAAAGAAAAAUUUUCAAAGAAA